GUUGGUAAUAUUAAGGCAAUCCAAUACCUAAACACACUAAGGUAGAUAGCACUUCAAGAAUAACAAAAGGAUGUCAUCAAGUGCUGUGCUUAGGCAACUCCUCGCCCUUCUGGAGGCUGAGGAAGCAGCCAAAGGGUCCAAUAAUGGUACUCAAAACUCAUUCAAUAACCAUGGCGAUGGGAACCAAGAUUUCUCCAAUGCAAAGAUAAACAGUGGCGCAUAUUCUGGCGACCGUAACAGGUAUCGCACCACAAACAACCAUGGUCGCCGCACUAUAAAUAACAGUGGUACUUUCAAUGGCCAUGGCAAUGGGGGCUUUAUCGAUGGUGACUUUGAUGCCUCAACAACGAACCACAACUAUUGAUUAAGUAUGAUAUAUCUGUAUUUGAUAUAUGUUAAGCAAUAUGAUCUCCUAUAUCAUGUUAUGCUACUAAUAAUGAAUAGGAGCUACAGCUCUACUGGUCUGUACUCUGUACAAUAAAAGUAAUGACACGAGAGGAGGUUAAGAAUAUUAGACCUCUGCUUUUAUAAUAAA